UCUUUUUUGGUUAAUAACGGAAUCAUUUGGUUCUAUUAGAGUAAAACUCCACCUCUGUCAAGGUCGGUCCAAGCCGGUGGUAAAGUAUCCAACUCUCAAAUCCAACUUUUUCUGAGCAAAAACUCCCAAAAUCCAAAUUAAUUUGAGCCAAAAGUAACAAUAUUAAUUAAUUUUACUAUUCAAAAAAAGAAACACCACUAAACAAAAACCGCGUGAUUUCCAAAGCCAAUAAAUAAAACACAGGCUUUUACUACAAGAUGGCCCAAUCACCAGCUGUUGCCUCAAAUACGCGGCUUCUUCUUUCACCUAACCAAGUAACGAACCUUCCUCUACACGAACCGCCUCUCAAAAUCUUCACUACUAUAUAUACAUUCUUCCAUAAACCCUCAAAAACCACAACAAACCAAUAACUCAAUACAAGAAAAUCCACAAACUCAAAAACAAUCUCUAAAAAAUGUCAAUCACUUACUUACUUCCUCUGUUUAUUUCUCUCAUCAUCUCCUCUGUUUCAGCUAAUUUCCAAAGAGAUGUUGAGAUUACUUGGGGAGAUGGUCGUGGACAGAUCAAGAACAAUGGAGAGCUUCUCACUUUAUCUCUAGACAAAUCCUCUGGUUCUGGAUUCCAGUCCAAAAACGAAUACUUGUUCGGUAAAAUCGCCAUGCAAAUGAAACUCGUCCCUGGAAACUCCGCAGGAACAGUCACAACACUUUACUUGAAAUCACCUGGAACAACAUGGGACGAGAUUGACUUCGAGUUUUUAGGUAAUUCAAGUGGAGAUCCUUACACACUUCACACAAAUGUCUACACACAAGGCAAAGGAGACAAAGAACAACAAUUCAAACUCUGGUUUGACCCAACAGCUGAUUUCCACACUUACACCAUUCUAUGGAACCCACAAAGAAUCAUCUUCACCGUCGAUGGAACUCCGAUUAGAGAAUUCAAGAACAUGGAGUCUCUAGGCACUCUGUUUCCCAAGAACAAACCAAUGAGAAUGUACUCUAGUCUUUGGAACGCUGAUGAUUGGGCAACGAGAGGUGGUUUGGUCAAAACCGAUUGGUCUAAAGCUCCUUUCACUGCUUCCUACCGUGGCUUUAAACAAGAAGCUUGUGUUUGGUCAAACGGCAAGUCUUCUUGUCCUAAUGCCUCCAAACAGGGGACCACUGGCUCGUGGUUGUCACAAGAGCUUGACUCAACGGCUCAACAAAGGAUGAGAUGGGUGCAGAGGAACUACAUGAUCUAUAAUUAUUGUACGGAUGCAAAGAGGUUCCCUCAAGGUCUUCCUAAAGAGUGCUUAGCUGCAUAGAGAGUAAAUCGUUGAGAGAUGAACAUAUUUUACUUUUUCUCUGUGGUUAUAAAAUUCUAUUCAUUUUAUUGUAGAUCACGUGAAUUUUAUUGAUUUGGUUGUAGUGUACUAUAUAGUUCCCCUUAAAGUUAUAAUAUUCUCUUUGUUACAA